UAGCCUUGAACUCAAGAGAUUUGCCUGCAUCUGCCUCCCAAGUACUAGUUCAUUAUUUUUUCAUAUUAAGUAGUUAGAAUUUACUCUAUGACCUUUCCGGCGGUGACGACCUCCCUACGAGAACAUGCCUCUUGCAAAGGAUCUUCUUCAUCCCUCUCCAGAAGAGGAAAAGAGGAAACACAAGAAAAAGCGCCUGAUGCAGAGCCCCAAUUCCUACUUUAUGGACGUGAAAUGCCCAGGAUGCUAUAAGAUCAUCACGGUCUCUAGCCAUGCACAAACGGUAGUCUUGUGUGUUGGCUGCUCCACUGUCCUCUGUCAGCCCACAGGCGGAAAAGCAAGGAUGACAGAAAGAUGCUCCUUUAGAAGGAAGCAGCACUGAAAAGCACAUGA